AUGCCAACGUAUACCCCAUCACCGAAGCGCUUCUUAGUGCCGACACAGCAAUCCGCGCAAAAGCCGAAGCCGAAGCCACCCUCCAAUCUGCGCAAUGCGUACACUGUCCAGACACCAAAACCUACUGCGCUGGCACCUGAAAACAGCGAGUCAUUUUCUAGCAAAGUGGUGCCUGCGAGACGCUUCGUCAUUGCCCCGCACCGUCACACGCAAAGCAGAGAGCAUGAAGCAGAGGUGCGCGCGGAGCGCCACACGCAGCUCACACCUCGACCUAAACCACGGAGGAAAUUUGAGCGGGUCGAGAGUAUCGAGGAGCCGCCCAAAUCCAGCCCUGACGGACCGUCGUAUGACGACCGAGGCAUCGGAGUCCUACAGACAGUGGAGCACGACGAAGCCGAAGUGAGGGACGAGGAGCAGAAUGACGAGGAUGAAGAGAUACUAUUUGUUACAGAAGAGCGUAACAAGCGACGUCGAGUCUCUCCCCCAACCUCACCCUCCACUCGCCAAUCGUCUGAGCCUGCGACACCCGUCACCCUAAGGACCCAUCGCUUUGUCGUCCCACCAGCACGAAUGCCUGCACCGUUCACAGCUAUUCGUACCUCCACAGAGGCCAUAGGCUUUACCUCAGUCACAGCAACAAUGGCUACCCCCGCGCCCCAUCGUCCAGCCUUCAUACUCCCACCCCAACCUACCUCGCCACCCAAGCCCUCGAAACCGCUACCAGAGAUCUUCUCGCCUUCACGCAAAUCGCAGAAAUACGUCCCAAACGGACUAGCUUCAACGAUGCAAAGCUGGAUCAUCGAGACGGCGAACACGGGGUUUGCAGCACAGGAACGAAGCACAACGGGCGGCGUAGUCUGGGGCAGGGAUCGAGAAGACGGCGUUAGGCUUAGAGUACGUGUGACAGCGGCUUCUUCGUCGAAUCUAAAAGAUGGUGAGAGCGAAGUGGAGUGCUUUCCUGGCCACUUUGUGUUUGUCCGGGGUGAGACGGAGCCUGGCAUGUAUAACCACUCUCGCGCGCUCAGCGUCGUGGACAAUGAUGGCGAGAUGAGGAUUCUACUGGCGGGCCAAGGCGGAGCGCGAGGUGUAGCUGGGGUGAAGAUCAAGAUUGGCAGUAUCGUGGGUGUGCGGGCGCCGAUGUGGGAUGUCGAUGUUGCAGGAGAGAAGUGGAUGAUUGGCGUGGACUGGGUUGCAUUAUGA